AUGGUACUUACCGGUCCUCAGAUCGAUCGGCUCAAUGGCAAAUGGACAAUGGCUGUAGCGCUAAUUAUUACCAUUAUCAGUAAUUUAAUGCUACCCCUUCUUGCCGCUACGCACCUGGCUUUUGCGUUCAGCGCGCGAAUUCUUUGUGGCAUUGCUGAUGCUUUGCUCACUCCCUCAAUCAGUUCAAUGAUCGCAAGAUGGUUUCCUCCUAAAGAACGUCCAUUCGCUAUCGGCUUUAUCACAGGCGGUCGACAAAUAGGAAGUUUGCUAAUUUUGCCGGUAGCCGGCUGGGUAUGCUCGAACAAAGAAACUUCUGGCGGCUGGAAGCUAACAUUUUAUAUAUCCGCAGCAAUAGGAACAUUGACGCUGCUUGUUUGGCUUGUCUUAUCAGCUGACAAACCAGCCAAGCAUUGCUGCGUUAAAAGCGAAGAAGCACUAUAUAUACUGCGCAAAAUUAGCGAGGAGUCUUUGGGAAAGGUAUGCUCUUUUCCAAAUUAUCGCAUUUGUCUUACAGAUGAAACGCAACGUAAGUUGCGACACACAAGUACCGUCAUGUGUAGGUCGUUGUUUUCAUUUAACUUACACUGUAAAUUUUGUUUGAAGGAAAAUGAAUGA